AUGAGCACGACCGCCUCCCUCCUCGCAUGGCUCGCCGCCGCCGUCGCCGGCGACUGCGGCGACGGCCCGACGGUCGUCGUGCCGGCGGACGUCGCCAUGGCGCAGCUCCUGGGCUACGCGGUGUCGCUCCCGCGGACGCUCUUCUCGCGAAACGGGUGCCACUACGCGAGCGACUGCUACCGAGACUACGACAACGGCACGGACUUCUGGUCCGUCUUCGACCGCGAGCAGACCCUCGGCGCCCUGGCCGCCGCGGGGAUCUGCGUCCGCGACCCCCCGCCGGACGGCGCGGACGCGCUCGCGAUCCCGUUCCGCUGGCCCGUCGCGGCGUCGGACGUCGCGCGGUCGCGCAAACUGGUGAACCGCUUCGUCGGCACACACCCCUACGUCGGCUUCGGCGACCCCGGCCACUGCUGCACGCACCUCCUCCCCGACUCGCCCGCGGCCGCGGCGGCGCUCCGGCGCGCGCACCGCGCGUUCGCGCCCUCGUCCGCCGCCGCGGCCGCGGCCGCGCGGGUCCUCGACGCCUUCCGGGAGGGGGACGACGUCGACGAGGCGUGCGUCGCGCACUGGCGCGACGAGGACGACUUCGUCCGCUCCGAGCACGCGCUCGACCGCGACGCGUACCGGGCCGCGAUGGUCCGGGCGCUCGACCCGUGCCGCGCGGCGCUCCUCGUCGGCGACGUCUCGCGCGCGCGGCUCGGCGAGCUCCGCGGCAUCCCCGGAAUGCCGACGCUCUACGCGAAGACGUCGCUGCUCCCGGGCGUCGACUGGGCCGCGGCCUUUGGUGGCGAGGACCUGGCCUCGAUGGUCGACUCGCGCGUCGCCGAGGCCGCGGACCGCUUCGUCGGGUCGCCGUUCUCGUCCUUCUCCGCGCUCGUCGCCUUCGCCCGCGGCCCGGAGCGCACGGCCAUGGCGGACGUCGACGUCGCCGAUUCGCUCGGCGCGCUCUUCGAGGCCCAGUUCCCCGCGGACGCGGCGGCGGUCGGCGACCCCUGCGCCUCGCUCGCGUCCGCGUCGGAGAAGUUCGCGAAGCGCCUGGUCCGCCACACCUGCGCCGUCGGCGCCGAGCGCGCGCCGCUCGCGGCCGACGAGCUCUUCGACCUGCGGGAGAAGAAGACGAAGCGCGGCGUCGACGGAAGGCGAAGCGAGGCCUCGCCGUGCGGGCCCGACUUCGCGGGCCUGUCGACCGCGUACGGCGUCGCGGUCGCCGCCGCCGCCGCCGCGGCGGCCGGCCGGGGCCGGCGCCGCGUCGCCGCGAUCGCCUGCCUCGCGUUCCUCCCCCUGCUCCUCCGACGACCGCCGCCGCGCUGCCGCGCGCCGCCGCGAGCCUGGUCGCGGGGCGAUCCCUGGCCCCCGUCGCCGCCGCCGCUCGCGUGGCCGCUCGCCCGCUCCCACCCCUGCGCCGCGGGCGCGGCCGUCGCCGUCAUCUCGGCAAACCUCGGCGCCGCGGACGUCGUCGGUCCCGCGCCGCGACAGAGAGGCUGCGCGCCGGCGUUCCUUCUCUUCGUCGCGGAGCGGACGCGCGCGGCCGGGUGGACGACGGUGCUGCCCGCGGCCGGCGCCGCGACGCCCGCCGACAUGGUCGGCCGCGACGCGACGGCCUACUCGCGGACCUGGGCCGCGGCGCUGCGGACCGCGCGCGGCGCCUACCGCGGCGGCGGGCCCGCGAUAGGCGCCUACCGCGGCGAAGACGCGCCGCUCCCCUUCGACCUCGCGUCGCUGGGCCACACGGCGCGGACGGCGCUCGCGCCCGAGCACGCCGGGGCCCAGAGCCUGCCGGACGUCAUGGCGGCCAAGUUCGUCAAGCUCCAGUUCCUACGGUUCGACGUCCUGAAGCGCUUCGAGAUCUUUGUGUGGGCGGAUGCGGCGCUCGCGUUCGACGCCUCGGUCGUCGCGCGCGCGCUGCGGCCCUUCGGCGAGACCCGCGCGCGGCGCUCGCGCUCGAGCCGCACCCGCAGCGCAACUCCUCCGCGGAGGAGCUGGACCACUGCCUCGAGCCACAAGCGCCGCCGCGGCUCCGCGCGCUCCGCGCGCGCCUCGAGGCGCAGCGGGCCGCCUACGGCCGCGUCCGCCGGCUGGAACGACGACCGCGGCCUCUACUGGGCGGCCUUCUUCGCCGCGAGACGGCGGCCCGCGGCGUCGGCCCUGUUCGACGCCUGGUGGCUCGAGGUGCGGCGCUGGCAGUACCGGGACCAGAUCUCGCUGCCGUUCGCGCUGGCGGCCGCGGACCCGCCGCUCGCGACGUUCCGCGCCUUCGGCGAGGCCCCGCCGCGGCCGCUGCCGCGGGAGCAGGCCCUCUGCGCGACGCUCGUCGGGGACGUGACGCGGUGCUGCCGGCGCUGCGCGCCCGACGUCACCGCGAAGCUCGCCGCGCGCGCCGCGCGGCUCGACGCCGCUUCGAAGUAA